AUGACAAAUUCCACGGAGAAAUCAUUUGGUUUCUGGGAUGGAACUGGAGGAAACUUGUUGCCUCAGGAUAAGGUAAGAAGUAUCCAAGCUAAGCUCCUAGCAGCCCAAAGUCGACAGAAAAAGUAUACAGACGAUAAGGUAAGAGCAUUGGCAUUUCAGACUGGUGAGAAAGUUCUUCUUAAAGUGUCACCCAUGAAAGGGGUGAUAAAAUUCGGCAAGAAUGGAAAGCUUAGUCCGCGAUACAUUGGUCCAUUUGAGAUUCUUGAUUGUGUAGGGCCAGUGGCUUAUAGAUUGACCUUACCCCGUAGCUUAUAUGGAGUUCAUCCAGUGUUUCAUCCUACGCCCUUGCCCACCCUCAAACGUAGUGAAGGAGCGCUGUUUCUCCAUUAUUUCUCCAGCUUGUUCCUCUCCAAAUUUAGGGUUUCCAUUGUUGUUCUUCUCAUUCAUAUUCCUGUAAGAAUUUCGAAGGCGCAUCCUAGUCAUGAUAAGUUCAUCAACAAGAAGAUUGAUAUGUUUGAAGAAAUGUCUCUUGUCUGUGGGAAUGAUCGAGCUAGGGGUGAUUGUGCUAAGUCAUUUGAAGAUAUAGGCUUGGAUUGUAGUUCGGAGAAAGGUAAUGAAGAUGAGAUUGAAGGACCAUCUAAGGAGAAUGGAGUGCAAGAUGUGAGUGAAACUUCUCAAGUCAAGUCAAGUCGUAAAAGAAAUCGUCCUUCUGAUGUGCAAGAUGUGGUCGGUGAUAUUUCAACAAAACUUGGAGAAGUGGCAGCGGCAAUAAGUAAGAUAGCUGAUAGCCGAUUAGAUGUGACAAGGUUGUAUGAAGAAGUUAUGGCAAUUGAAGGUUAUGGGGAAGAGUUCUUGGGGGAUGCUUUUGACUAUUUGGUACAAAGUGAUACUUUAGCUAAGGGAUUCAUGGCUAAAAAUCAAAAUCUCCGUAAGGUGUGGUUGGAAAGGUUCAAGCGACAACAUAAAUAGAAUAUAGAAGUGAAUCGGAAGAACAUAACUAUAUAG